AUGAAGCAGUCGUUUCUCGUGUCCUGUCUUCUUGUUUCCGUCACAGCGCUACCAUCCGCUAGACCCAAACAUGGCGGCGAACCUAGCAGUACUGACUUUCCUCUUUGGACGGGAGGUCCGUCUAGCACUCUCAGACGUAACAACGUUUCUGCCUCAGAAUCAAGUGUACUGAUCGACAAGGAUAUACUGUUCUGGGAAAAUUAUGGGCCCACAGUCACAGGCUUUUAUGUAUCGGACGAAUUCAACAUAGCUGAUACUACUGUUCUCAACGUUAGCUUCGGCGUUGUGAAUUGCACUGACAAAAAUUCCUGGAACCCUGGAGGCAUUCUAGGGAUUGGCUUGAUCGGUUUUCAGACUAUUGCCGCGCAAACUGGACAACCAAUUCCGGGCCUUCUAGACCAAAUGAAAGCCGAGCAAGUCAUUACCGCUUCUACUUAUGGGAUAUAUCUAGGCGGCCAAUCUUACUGGGAUGAAGCCCCAGGCGAGAUCACAUUCGGAGGCUAUAACCCUUCAAGGUUUUCUGGAACCUUAGUUCCUCUACCGUUAGCCCCCUCACCCGACCAAUUCCCAAGGCUCCAGAUUUGGCUGUCUUCAGUGAGCGUGACGACGAAUGGAAAGACAGAACUUCUGCGACCAGAGACACCAAAUGCUUUGGGCACUUCUAUUCUUCUUGACACAGGAAGUCCGGGAUCAGCAAUACCUAGCUCUAUGUAUUACCAGCUUACGGAAGUGCUCGAAGUCAAUCCGGUUACUAAUCAGGUAGAUUGUGAGUACUUGAAUUCCGAUGGAGGGUUGACAUACACCUUUUAUGGGUUUGACGGAAAGUACGCGGACAUCUGGGUUCCAUUUAAACAAGUUAUCCGACCAUUCGUGUCUGACGUGUGUUACUUUACUAUUACGCCGGAGUACGAUUGUUCCAGGGGAGCCACUCAUUUUAGCUGCACAACUCUGGGUGAAGACUUCCUUCGAGCUGCAUACAUCUAUGUCAACUAUGACAAUUCAACGAUAAGCAUAGCUCAGGCAGCUUACGAGAUUCCGAAUUUGUACCCUGAUGGGAUCGAACAGGUUGGCAGCAGAAGUCAAGCGCCUUUGAUAGUUCAGCAGUUGGUCUGAGAGCUCGCCUGUUGCUAGUCUGCGCUCUGCCCUUGAACUUCUCUUGUACUUGGGAAAUACAUAAAAGGAUAUUGGUGAAAGGUGGUUAGAUAUAAAAUAU